AUGGCGCUCCCUACCCCGAACAAUGACGGCGCCGCGGAAAGCGUUUUUGAACGCUCUCUUGACGGCCCUUCGCGGUUGGCUCCCCGCAAACCCCGUCACGAUUCAUUGGCUUGUAAAGACGGUGAUGACAAAAAAUAG